AUGGCCUCUCUAGCCGCCUCCCCCGCGACAGUCGCGCGCGCCGCCCUCCUCCCCAAGUCGGUGGCGGCCACCGGAGCUUCUUCCCUUCCUCUUCUAGGUACGAUCGUCUCCUCUCCUCUUCUCCGCCGCAGUGGGUCGACUCCUCUCCCGGAGAUCGGAAUGGGUUUCUUUCUUCCUUCUUCCAGUCUCCUCCGCCGCCGCAGUGGGCCGGCUCAUCCUCUAGAGAUGGGAGUGGGUUUCUUUUCGAGAUGAAAAUGGCGUGACGCUCGCGCGGUGUUUGAAGGUUUGCCGAAGAGAGGAAGCGUCAGAGGCGGGGGGGCGAGAUGCUCGGCGGCGGAGGAGGCGAAGGCGGCGCCGGUGGCCGGCGCCGCCGCGUCGCUGUUGGCGGCGGCGAGCGUGAUGGCGGCGUCUAACCCGGCGCUGGCGCUGGUGGACGAGAGGCUGAGCACGGAAGGGACGGGGCUGAGCCUCGGCAUCAGCAACAACCUUCUCGGAUGGAUCCUGGCAGGAGUUUUCGGCCUCAUCUGGGCCCUCUACUUCAUCUACACCUCCACCCUGGAGGAAGACGAAGAGUCGGGCCUCUCUCUCUGA